AUGCAACCUUAAUGGUCUUCUUUCGCAAAAUUACAAAGAGACUAUGGUCUGAUGCCUGUAGGGAUGUAUUCUCCAUAAAAAGCGAAUUUAUAGAGAUUAUUGCCUAGAUAUCCUGAAAGUGUUGAUGUAGGUCCUACAAGUAGUAAGUUUUAAGGGAAUGUAUCAUUGCCUGCUUUACCUCCUUUGAAAAAGUUGAGUAAGAUAGAGUAGACAGUAUUGAUUUAUAAGGGAAAAGUGAAUAAAUUGCCUUCUCUUCAAUUAAGUGAUUAAUAAUUAUAAAGGAAAAAAUAAAUAUCAGAGACAGAUGGUAUUAGGAAAUCAAUUACACCAGAGAGGAGAUAAGGAAAAAGAAAUUCAGUUUAAUUUGCAAUGAGAACUAAGGCUGGUUGUUAGCCUAAUAAGGCAACAAAAAUAAAUUAAGAUGCAGCUAUUUUAUGUCCAAAGAAUUUAGAAAAGUUUAAAAUAUUCUUAUUAAUAGUAUGGGUUAUAAGUUCUUUGCAGUCUGUGAUGGACAUGGAUAAUAUGGUCAUAUGGUUUCUAAUUAGAUCAAAUAAUAAUUGCCAAAACAUUUAGGAAAAUAAUUGAAAGAAACAAAUGAUUUGGAUGAUCAAAUUUCAAAGGCUUUUGCAAUUACAAACAAAGAAUUGUGGAAUUCAGAAAUUGAUACAAACUUAUCUGGAUCAACAACUGUAUCUUUACUAAUAAAAAAAGAUAUGGUAAUUAAUUUAAAUGAUAUAGAUAUACUCUGCAAAUGUUGGUGAUUCUAGAGCCAUUAUGUGUAGAUUUGAUAAUGGAUGGAAAGUAGUGGAAUUGAGUAAAGAUCAAAAACCAGAUGAUCCAUAAGAAAAAAUUAGAAUUUUAGAUGCAGGAGGAAGAGUUGAAUAAUAAAAGGGUUGUGAAUCUAUUGUUAUCUUUAGAUUUUCAUGGAAAUGGUGUAGGACCAUUUAGAGUUUGGUUAUCUUAUAUUUAAGCUCCUGGAUUGGCAAUGACUAGGUCUUUUGGUGAUAAAGUAGGUGCUUAAGCUGGAGUUAUUGCUGAACCUGAAAUCAAACAAUUCUCUAUUAGUGCAUAAGAUCAAUUUAUUGUAAUUGCAUCUGAUGGAGUUUGGGAAUAUAUGAGUAAUGAAGAGGUACUUUAGUAAUUAAUUAGGUAAUGAAUAUUGUAAUUCCAUUUUUGGAAAAAGAUAAUCUUGAUCAAGCAGCUGAACGUAUUAUAAUUGAAGCCACGUAGGCAUGGCGUAGAGUAUAUGUUUUUUACUUAUUUGAAGAACAGUUUAGCAAGGGACGAUAUUACUUGUAUAGUUAUAUUCUUAUAAAAAUGA